GUGAUUGGCGGAUGAGUCAUCCAGUCAUAGUCUUGUCCAAUUUUCUCUCUCUCUCUCUCUCUUCCCUUGGCUUGUUUGUUUCCUCUCCUGCUACACCUGACUAUUAGGGAGCGGAGGAGGGGGGGGGGGGGAGAAAAAGACAGAGGAAGAGGGCGAUUCCUUUCAUUCACCAGUUGCGUUAAUCGCUGUGAAACUGACCAGAAACUGGACAAGACGUCAAGUUUGGCUUCCAGCAUGGUUACAAAUCGGUUACUGCACUUUGUAUUUCUGAAUUGUGCCCUCAUCCACACCCGUUUGAUCGAAGCACGGACUCUGUCACAGCAAAGAGACGCUCAAGAUGAAGUGUUCCUGGAUAAAAGUCAAGCAGCUGUCUUCUUGAGCCGGAAGCUGAUGUACAAUAGCUGGGAUUUUGAACUUAUCACCCCUGGAAAUCUGGAACGAGAAUGCUAUGAGGAAAUAUGCAACUACGAGGAAGCUCAUGAAAUCUUCGAGAGCGAUAAGAAGACGCUUGAAUUUUGGAAGAAAUACACAAAAGACCAGAAACCAGGCAGCCCCACUGCCCAUAAGUUCGACGUGGCUGGGCUGGUGGCUGGUCUGAUCGGUGGAUUCGUCCUCAUCAUUCUCAUCGGGCUGCUUGUCAUCUACUUCUGCAAACAGAGGGGGAAGAGAGCAGACAGACCACCUGAGUAUCGGGGACAAGGCCCAACCCCAAUCGCCCAACCAGUCAGUGUGCCAAGUGAAGAGGUGCCCCUGACGAAUCUGGAGACCAACGCCCCAGGACUUCCCUCGUACGAAGAAGCAUUGAGGAGAUCAGGACAUUAUGACGCCCCUCCCCCACCAUACACCGGCAGGUCUACACGUGAGUCACAGCCAAGUUGAAACCUGGGAUGAUACUCGUGCGUUUACGAAGCUGUGGACAAAGCCUUACCAACGGGGGGAAAGAGCUACCGGAUAGUAUUUCGAAGAUCAUAAAAUAAGCGAAGACUAUUUUUAAAUUAAAAAAAAAACACCCUCAAAUAUCUGGGAUCGCAUUCUUCCGGAGAAUCUUCAUGAACCAAUGAGCUCUUCUCCUGUCACCGGUUAAAUUGUAGUUCACCUCUUUUUUCACUUUGUAGAUAAUUUGUCGUUCCAAAACUGAACACUGGACUUUGCCGAUUUUAGGUUUGCUGUUGAAGUAUCUUUCCCAGCAUGACCUGUUGCCGGGGCAAUGGGUCAGAAGCGUAGCUUUGUUAGUGUACAGUGAAACCAAUCUGGUGACAGAAACCUCCAUUGCACUCAAAUGGAAUUACAUCCCUCGGGUCGUCUGGCUGCUCUUGGUCAAGGUGGCUGUACAAGGGGAGAUACAUUUGGAAUUGGUGCCCUCAUCCAUUUCCCCCCCCCCCUCCAACAACCAUCAUCCUCCCCUAACUUAGGGGGAGUGAAAUGGAAUUGGGCGCAUUUGGAUAUGGCAAUGCAUUUGUUUCGACUGUGAUGCCUGCUCAGCUGGCAACAUGUGCACUGGGCAACUUCCCCUGAGGUACCAAAGGUCUUCCAAGAGCUAUAGGAGGUUGUUCCUCCAACCCCAUCCACCCAUGGGUGCAGCACCUUCAGGAGUGAAGGGUAGAACCUCAUCACUCUGUGAGCAGACCUUUUUAAUUUUUUGUUUUUUGGUGACUCAGGACUUCCCUCUAUAGUGGAAGAUUCAGUCCCUCUGGCUGCUGAAUUGGUUAACUUGAUGCCAGCUCACCUUCAACAACCCCCACCCCGCUCCACCACCCAACCUCCCUCCCUCAAGCUGGGAGGUGCACGGCAACCAAUCCCAAUGAAAGCUUCCCUCUUGAUAAUUACCUUAAUAACCUGCUCUAUCUAUUGUGACUAGGAUAUUGCUGAAAAGAGAGAGAGAGGCUGCCAAAGCAAAACACAAUACCUAAUGUGGGAUGUGGCUCUCCGAUUGGACAGCACUUGCUGAACAAUCCUGAGUGCGCUAAUAGCAGCAAUAACGACCAUUUUAAGAUAAUCGGCCAAACUCGUAGCGUGACUCAUUUAUACUUGGUAAAGGAGACAUACAUAAAAGGAAUAUGUUUGAAUUACCCCGGAGAUCAGGGGGCCUAUAGUUCCCUGUUGCUUUUUCCACGACAACACCAUAUGGACUGUUGUCGAGCACUUCCUAGGGAUAUGUUACAAGUGGCAGGGGCCUGGGAUAGGGUGACCAGCCUGCGCUGUUGAUUGAGCAGUGGGGGUUGGUAGAGGCGAGCAGAGAGAAUGGGCCUGGAAUCUCUUACGAGAAUGACUAGUGUAAGACUGGUUUCACUGUAUUUGAAGUAAAGUCUUGCUCAAGGUCUUUGUGUUGACACUGCCAGAUCUAGUAACUAGAUACUCAAAACACUCCACAGAUACAAGGUAACGAUGGCCGUUUAGAAAAAGUUAUCAUGUGCCCUCUAUUUAAUGCUAUAUUGGUGUCAAUGAUUCGGGUGGGGAGGGACAAAGAAUCAUCCAGCGAGAUGCUGUGUAUGCCACAGGCCUCUGUUUGGAUCCACGGGCCUCGACUGAACUCUGAAAUGAGGGCUUCUCGUGUGAGGCCUCCCCAGGGCAUGUGGCAUUGUCCACCAGGAAUUAACUGGCAGAGCUGCUACAAUUCUCCUCGGCAGUCUCAUUCGAGCUGGGCAGGGACGGGUGGAAAAUCAGCCAGAAUUGCCGCUUCUGCUGAGGAGAAAACACAUUUGUGGGCGUGGGACCAGAAUGUAGAAUUGGCUAUGAUACUAGGGUUGCCAACUCUGGUUGGGCCUACAUUGGAGGCUUCAUCUGACAACCCCCCAACUUACCCAGGAAAAUAUUACUUCUCCCACCACCCCCAACACCAAAAGGCUUAUGACAAAAGUCUUCAAAGAAUAUGAAAAACAAUGUUGUUUUCUUUGUCUUCUGUUAUUUUUCUCCCAGGUUGCGGGCAAGAGGUUGAUUUUUUUUUCAAAUCCCUGGAGCCUCCAGGACAGUCCUGGAGGGCUGGCAUCCCUACCUGAUUCUUUGAAUGGUUAAAUAGAACAGUGGUACUUGCUGCAUAAGCUCACAAGUGAAUAAUAACCUCUGGGUGUGGUAUUAGAGGCUGGUAGUGCUUGUGGAACUACCUGAUGGUGCCUUUUUACAUAAGGAAGAGGGGUUGAAUAGAGACUAAACCACUCUGACCCAAACUUGCACCAAUCAGAAAGCAAAUCGACCACUGUUAAUGGCAUUUGUCCCCGCAAGCAGAAUUUAAAUUGCUGAAAUUUUAUUGAUUCAAGAUUUCGGACUCUUCAAGAGAACAAUCUGCAUGUUUACAGAAAACAAGUGAUUAACACUCUCCCGGCCAAAAAAAAAACCCCAAAAAGCCCGACUUGGACCUAAUCCCGGAAC